GUCACGACAGAAGGUAGUUGUGUCGUUGCUAGCUGCUCAGCUCUUUCGUAGCAAUCUCUGAAUCAUUCUCGGCGCUGAGUCAGUGUGAAGUGAUGUUUAUUGGUGUCCUGUUGUGACUAUUGACGUGUUAUGCACGCUAUGAGUGACCCUGCAGCCCUUGCCGGUAUGCUGCCUUUUGAUUCUAUUGGACUGUACGAACAGCCGAAACCGAGGUUCAUCUUCAAGAUGCCUAGAGUGGUGCCUGAUCAGAAAGCCAAAUUUGAAUCGGAUGAUCUCUUUAAAAGACUGAGCAGAGAAAGCGAGCAGGUGAGAUACACUGGUUUCCGCGACCGGCCCCCAGAAGAACGGCAAAUGCGGUUCACCAGCGGCUGCCGCGAGGGCCACACGGAGAUCGCCUUCACCGCCACCGGCACCAAUCUGCAGCUAGGCUUCGACCCCUCUUACAACAACCGAAGCUGUGACUUCCAAAAGGAGAAUGGGAAGGCACACAUUGUAUCAAGAUUUAUUAUGAACGGCGUGUGCGUCCGAUGGCGUGGCUGGAUCGACCUGGAGCGAUUGGACGGCGCCGGCUGCCUCGAGCUGGACGAGGAACGUGCCGCUAUAGAGGACGCGGCGCUGCGGGACCAGAUCGAGCGGUACAAUCAGCGGCUCAGGGAUUUCGAGGACAAGCAGCGUGCUUACCGCGAGCACGGCGACGAACUGAGGGCCCACUCACAUGUGCACGCCCAGCGCUGCCACCAGGCCCGACAGGGCCCCCACGCUGGACAUCCGGCGCAUCCUCAUCCACCUCAUCCCGUCCACAUUAAACCUCAUUCACAAGGAGCUCUCAUUUCCUAAAUAAGAUUCCUUACACUUAUUAACCUGCCGACUUUUUACCAUAGUUUUGAUCACUUUUGUGAUUUGUCUCAUAUGAUUUGUACGUACCUACUCAUAUCUAUAAUUUCAUGUUAUUUGAAAGAUCGAGUACCUACUUGCCUACUUAGAUGUACCUACUACUGGUACCCAGAUACUUCAGGAGUUCGACGUAGAGUUCCGCAGAUUUAAUUUGUAAAAUAUAUAAACUAAACAACAAAACAGCUUCAUAAAACAACGGAAGUAUAUAUUGUGCAUGGCCAUGUUAAGUUUAUGGAAGACUUCACGUCUUUAGUAUUUUUUAUACUUUCCAGAAUUCAAUAUUACCAAUGAUUUUUCACCAAAAAUAACUUUUUAAUGUCAGGUACAUGCACGUAUGUAUAAACCUGUUUAUAUCACUAAAAAAAGAGUUAAUACCUGUUUAAGUACCUACCUACUUUAAGAUCAGGAUCAGACCCAGAAUGUCAUUUAAGAUAACACUAUGUUUGAACUGUUGCAAUGUGACUCGUAGAUGUAGGUUUGUGUAUUCGUGUAUGUAAAACUGCAGUGUGAUGUAUGGUCGUAUUAGAAACUUAAUUAACUAUACUUACUUGAUUAUUGCUUAAAAAUAUUAUUUCAAUUUUUAGAGAUAAAUAUAACGCAGUAUUUCUUAUAUCAUGUUAACAAUAAAAGAUAUAUUCUUUAAAAUACAAUUAUUCCAUUUCAUCAAAAUUCCUGGAAAAUUAACCACAGGAGCUGAUGAUCCUAAAAAUGACCGAAACCUGAAGUUGUCUAGGUUUCAGGCCUCCAGCUAGUUAUAUUAUAAUACUUACACCUUAAACAUACUUAAUUAGAAAUAUAUAAUCCUCAUAAAUUACACUCAAUACGCUGUCACAGUUGAUGUCAAAUCAUUUAUUUUAAUUACCUUUGCAUUUAAUUGAAAGUAAAUGUUCUUGUUUGACUUGUAGGGCCCUGUUAUUUAUUUUUAAGUUGAAAUUUGUAAUUAUUUAAGUUAUUAAAAUUAUA